CUCGCGAUAGGAUCCCACUCAGAUCAAUACGUAAUGUGCCGUGCUGCUUCUGGCGGCGCUGGUGAUAGUGCUGAAAGCUGUUGGGUAUGAAGUGAAACGGAACUGAAUUUUUUGUACCAUCCGCAACUGCUUCUUCAAGUUCAGAUCACAACGAAGAAACAAAUUCAAGAGAAACAUCCCGAAACGAACAGUCGCAACAACUCAAGGAAAGGAUCACUUCAAAGGAAAAUCUAGAAGCAACCAAACGAAGAAAACACCAAAGACAAAAGAUACACGGCUGCCCAAUCGAAACGCACUCAAGAGAAGCAAUCCUUUGCCAACAUUGCAAAACCGAGAAGAUAAUAACUGAUCUGAGACCAGAAGUUUGUGCCUACUCAACAGCUUUGACAAAGCACACGUCCCAACGCUACUCCCAGCCAUCCUCACCUCACCACCGACUCACCCUGGGGUGCCUAGAGGGCUGCUAUUUGCUUUUUUUUUUUUAUUCUGUUCCUUUAACUAUCUCCAUCUCCUUCGUCUGUAUCUCUUCUUGCUCUGUUUGUUGUUUUCAAGCACUGUUAUUGCACCUGGGUUUGCCUUUUUAAAAUAGUUUCCCCCCUUUUGCUUUAUGCAACUCGUAUCUAGAACUUGUGCCAGAAACCUGUAACAAAUAAGUGUGUGUGCGAAUGUGUGUGUGAAGAUCUGCAAAGGCGUUAGCGUUCAAGGCUACCACAAGUUUCAAGACACCAAAUCAAGACGUCCAGAGGUGUAUCAUUGGGUGGUUGAGGGGGAAAAAAGGAAAAAAAUAACAAACAAAAGUGAAGUCUGGGCAGUCAAGCAAACCAGUAAUCAAGUACAACAAAGGGGUGGAGUUUGGUUUGAGUUUAUGGAAAAAUAUGGGAAGCCCCUGGAAAGGCUUUGUUGAGUUUACCUUGCCCACGUCCCCACCUGCCGCAUUUAUUAGCGCUGACCUGAGCAGCACCUCCCCCGUCGGACUCAGCCUGUCACCAUACGGCCGAUCCAUGAGUUUUGACCCUGGCAUGCUCCACAACAACGGGCACACUGCGUUUGCCAACGGCACGGCGGCGGGCAUCAGGGAGACAGGAGUGGUGGAGAAGCUGCUCACCUCCUACGGGUUCAUCCAGUGCUCGGAGCGGCAGGCGCGCCUCUUCUUUCACUGCUCCCAGUACAACGGCAACCUGCAGGAGCUCAAGAUAGGAGAUGAUGUGGAGUUUGAAGUGUCCUCAGACAGGCGCACUGGCAAGCCCAUAGCAGUGAAGCUGCUUAAGAUCAAACCAGAGGUGCUUCCAGAGGAGCGCAUCUCGGGCCAGGUGGGGCCAGACUCGCACGCCUCUCCCUUUACUGUGCUGCAUGGUUAUAUUCAUCCAGUUGUCUCAGCGAUUCCCACUCACCUGGAUGGCAAGUCUGCUCCAGGGCAGGUGCCCACUGGCAGUGUGUGUUAUGAGAGAAACGGGUAUGGAUUCCUUCCCACGCAGGAGGUGUUUUACCUGACCUACACCCCAGACGACAUAGAGGGCAACAUGCACCUGGACACGGGAGACAAAGUCAGCUUCUACAUGGAGACCAACAAGCACACUGGUGCAGUCAGUGCUCACAACAUCGUCCUGGUAAAGAAGAAACAGAUGAGGUGCCAGGGAGUUGUCUGUGCCACCAAGGAGGCCUUUGGAUUCAUUGAGAGAGCUGACGUGGUGAAGGAGAUCUUCUUCCACUACAGCGAGUUCAAGGGCGACUUGGAGGCCCUACAGGCCGGCGACGACGUGGAGUUCACCAUCAAAGAGAGAAACGGGAAAGAGGUGGCCACUGACGUGAGGCUGCUCGCCCAGGGAACGGUCAUAUUUGAGGAUAUCAGCAUCGAGCAGUUUGAAGGCACUGUCGCCAAAGUCAUCCCUAAAGUUCCAACCAAGAACCAGAAUGAUCCGCUCCCAGGUCGCAUCUGUGCCAGGAUCAGCUUCACGGACAAGGAGCUCCUGUUUGGUGAGAAGGACACCAAGUCCAAAGUGACCCUGCUGGAGGGUGACCAUGUGCAGUUCAACAUCUCAACAGACCGCAGGGACAAGCUGGAGCGGGCCACCAACAUCGACAUCCUGCCCGACACCUUCCACUUCACCAAGGAGUCCCGUGAGAUGGGUGUGAUCGCUGCAAUGCGUGACGGCUUUGGCUUCAUCAAGUGUGUGGACCGGGACGCCAGGAUGUUCUUUCACUUUAGCGAGGUGCUGGAGGAGGGCCAGCUGCACAUCUCUGAUGAAGUCGAGUUCACCGUUGUGCCCGUGAGUCCAGAGAGAACAUCCAUGGACAUGUUGUCUGCCCAGAGGAACCACGCGGUGCGCAUCAAGAAGCUGCCCAAGGGCACAGUCUCCUUCCACAUCCAGUCUGAGCAGCGCUUUGUGGGCAUGGUGGAGAAGGAGGCCACAGCAGCCAUCACCAACAACAAGAGCGCCAGCCCCAGCAAGGCAAAAGAGAAGAAAAAAGACAAGGGUAAAGUAGUAGAAAAGGAAGCAGAAGAGGGAAUGAUUUCUUAUGAGGACUGUGGAGUGAAGCUGACUGUGUCUUACCACGUCAAAGAUCUGGAGGGAGCUGCCCAGCCACAGGCAGGAGACAAGGUGGAGUUCUCCAUCAAUGAGGUAAAGAGGACGGGCCAGCAGAGCGCUGUCACCAUCAAGAUCCUCAACCGCACCGUCAACACCAAGAGGCUGCUGGGAUACAUCGCCACCCUGAAAGAUAACUUUGGCUUCAUAGAGACAGCCAAUCACGAUCAAGAGAUCUUCUUUCACUACAGUGAGCUGUGUGGAGACUUGGAGAACCUGGAGCUGGGCGACACUGUGGAAUACACCCUGUCCAAGGGCAAAGGAAACAAAGUCAGCGCUGAGAAGGUUACUAAGGUGGCAGCAGUGAAUGGUGUCGGGCAGGAUGUUGGUGAGACAGUGAUUUUGGGGAAGGUGGUGCGCCCUCUGCGCAGUGUGGAUCCGUCCCAGACAGAGUACCAGGGGCUCAUCGAGCUCUCGGAGGAAGAUGGCACGAAGUGCCAGAAUUACCCCUUUGGCAUCGUGGGCAUGGCGAACAAGGCAGACUGUCUGCAGAAAGGAGAGAUGGUGAAGUUCCAGCUGUGCACAGUGGCCCAGACAGGACAGAAGAUGGCCUGCAACGUUGUCCCCCAACGUAAAGCCCUGGUGGAGUGCGUCAAGGACCAGUUUGGUUUUAUCACAUAUGAAGUUGGCGAGAGUAAGAAGCUGUUUUUCCAUGUCAAAGAGGUGCAUGAUGGCUUGGAGCUCCAGCCCGGGGAUGAGGUGGAGUUCUCAGUCAUCCUCAACCAACGCACAGGGAAAUGUAGUGCCUGCAACGUGCGCAGAGUCAGUGAAGGGCCUAAACUGGUGGCAACCCCCCGUCCCGAUCGCUUGGUCAACCGGCUCAAGAGCAUCACCCUGGAUGACGCUAGUGCCCCCCGCCUAGUCAUUGUGAGACAGCCCCGCGGCCCUGACAACUCAAAGGGCUUCAAUGUGGAGAGGAAGACCAGUCAACCGGGUGUCAUUGACUGAGCUGUAUAUAACCCAUCCCGUCUGGAAUAGGUGGGCCCUGAUUUAAAAAUGCAACCAGAGAAUGGAGGACAACAAUGGAAAGGGAUUUUUGCUGUCUUGCAGACACAUGCUCCUACACACAUACUCUUGAUACACACAGGCACACAGAGAAAUAAGCAUGUGUAACCCCUCUCCCUGUUCCAUCACCUGCAAGGGAACCCUCAUUCCAUUUGUCCUCUGCUGCCCAUGUAUGAUGUACUGCAGGAUACAAGGCGGGAUCUCUCUUCCGAGUGUGCGCGUGUGAUUGUUGUGCACAAGGUGUUUUAGAAAUGGUAGAAGUUACAGAGGAAUUUGUUUUGAGGGUUUCUCUGCCCCUUAGAAUCAGUGACGGUUGCGUGGCAGUGUCUUGUCCCCAUCUGCCGAAUCUGCCUAAUUGUCUGGAAUUCUGCACCUGCAACCUGACGUGUGUGUGUGUGUGUGGGCAUGUAUUAGAGCUCAUCUGCUUAUUUUCCUCCAUUUUGUUCUCCCUCAUUUAAGGAAACUAAAUGAUUCUCAUUUGCCAAUGGUUUCCACUAUGCUUUCCUACAAAAUGCAUAAAGCAAAGUUCCCUCCAUAAGGAGGAUCAUGUUUCUCAUGUGUGGACUAAAACAGAGGCUACUUCUCUGCUCGGUUUUUUUGAGCAGUUUAAAAAGAAAAUCUUUAUCCAAGAACUGGAGUGAAAGCAUGGUGUUGUAUGUGAAUGUUUUAAGUGGUAUAUGAUUUGUAUUUACUUUCACAGAUCUGGGGCCUUUAGAUACCUUUUCGUUAUUCACGCGCUUUGUAAGCAAUUUCCCCAGGUGCAGAAUUCCUAAUGGCAUCUUAUAUCGAGCAGUUUCAGACAAUGUACUUUUUUUUUGCACAUCUUUGCUUUUUUGUUCCAUUGAUGUAAGAAUACGGUGCCUAAACUACAAAAAAAAAAAAAAAUGACAUCCUCUGUCCCCAGCCCAUCCGCCAAAAUAGAAAAAACAAUCUUAGGAUGGCUUUUUUUGUAGAAAUAAUACUGAUCUGCAUCCCAAAUACCUGUGGGUUGAAAUAUACUGUAUGUAAUGUGUCCUUUUUUUUUCUUAGUGAAAGAUUCAAACAUCACAAUAUAACAAAAAUACAUUUAACUUCAGUAAAGGGGGGGGAAGGAAGGGGAAGUGUAACAAAGCAUUAGAAUUAAGUUACGUCUUAAGGAUCAGGAUAUCUAUUGUGCUCUGGCGGUGUUGGUGUGGUCUGUUGUGCCUGUACGCACAUACGGCAGUUGGAGACUAAAUUAAUUUAAACUCUGGAGAUCACUGGGUUGAUCCUGAACUGCACAGGCGCUCCUAUGAACUUUUGUUAAUGGUCUUGAAUGAAGCAAUUGAAUUAAAGUUUUAUGAAAAUCA